GGCCACUUGCUACACUGCGCGCGUGUUUAUAAUUUCAAUUUUUGUUAUUUUAUUAACCUGUGUUAAACGAUAAAAUAUAAUAAUGCAAUUUUAAUAAUGGAAGACUUAAUAGCUAACUCUGGUGUGGUAGUUGUGCGUGCAAAACCCGAGGGCCAGAGAAAAACAUUUAAACCUAAUGUGCGAUCAGUGAACAAAAUACCAGAUGAAUUAUUAAAUGAUCCUCUUAUUAACAGAGCUUGUGAAGCUUUACCCCAAAAUUAUAAUUUCGAAAUUCAUAAGACAAUAUGGAGGAUUCGGUCAUUAGGAUCCAAAAGAGUGGCUUUACAGUUACCCGAAGGUUUAACUAUGUUUGCCACAACAUUAUGCGAUAUAAUAGAAACAUUUACUGAAGCUGACACUGUGAUAAUGGGCGAUGUUACUUAUGGAGCUUGCUGUAUAGACGACUUUACUGCUAUAGCAUUGGGAGUAGAUUUAUUAGUACAUUAUGGGCAUUCAUGUCUCAUACCGAUUGAUCAGACAAGCAGUAUAAAAGUACUUUACAUAUUUGUUGAUAUAAAAAUUGACCCAUCACACCUUUUAGAUACAAUAAGACUGAAUUUUCCAAGGAAAUCACAUUUAGCUAUAGUUAGUACUAUACAAUUUGUCACGACUCUCCAUUCAGUGGCUAAAGAUCUGAGAAAUGAAGACUAUAUUGUAACAAUUCCACAGAGUAAGCCUCUUUCACCAGGCGAGAUUCUUGGAUGUACUGCCCCCAAACUAAAUUCAGAUUGUGUUAUAUAUUUGGGUGAUGGUAGAUUUCAUUUAGAGGCAAUUAUGAUAGCUAAUCCUUCAAUACCUGCGUAUAAAUAUGAUCCAUAUGAGAAGAAAUUCACAUCUGAAGUAUAUGAGCAUGAUGUUAUGAAAAUGAACAGAAAUAAUCAAAUAAAAAUUGCUUCAGACGCAAAUAACUUUGGCCUAAUAUUAGGUACUCUAGGGAGACAGGGCAGUACAAAAGUAUUAGCCAAUCUAGAGAAGCAAAUCUCAAAUUGUAAUAAAAAUUAUGUUAAAAUAUUAUUGUCAGAGAUAUUUCCGAGUAAGCUCGCACUGUUUGGCUUAGAUGCAUUUGUACAAGUGGCUUGUCCGAGACUGUCUAUAGAUUGGGGUACUGCAUUCCCGAGGCCUUUACUGACUCCAUAUGAAUUUUCUGUGUCAUUAGGCAAUAGCAAGUGGCUGAAAGAUGAUGGAACCUAUCCUAUGGACUUUUAUGCAAGUGAUAGUUUAGGACCGUGGACUCCUAACUACAAGCCUGUAUUGUGUUCAACUUCAGACAAGAAAUGUGAUAAUUGUUGUGGGAAAGAGAAAUGACUUACCGGUGCUCCACCUUGAGCUGAUACUGCCGCUGUCUCACGAGCUUGUGAGAACACUUGGGAGUCCAAAAACUUAGAUGGGAAAGUUUCUGCGAAAUUUGCGAUUGGAACAUCUCUUGUGUCGCGUCUACACAAAACAAAAAUAGCUUUCAGGAUAACGAACAUGUUGUCAACAUUAAAAAUAUAAUAAUUAAACAUAUAUUUUUUUUUGCAAUUUGCGAAUUAUGCUUGUGUAUUGUUAAAUUCUAUAAAUCCAAAGAAACAUUUAUUUAUAACUUGUGAUUUCAUAACUAAUUCUUAAAAUUGCUUAGGAAUUAAUAUUUUCAGACAAUCAUUUUUAUUUUUAUAAUAUAAUUUGUCUAUGUAUAUUUGUGUAAUAGGUAUUAAACAUAUUGAAUUAAAAGCUUUGAUAAUAAAUAAUUUAUUCUGUUCAGAAAAUGAAAUUUACCUGUGCAUAAGAGCAACACUGAAGCAAUAAUUGAAUAACUGCGGGUUGAGAUUCACUCUUGCAAAGGCACAUGUUGAUAAAAAUUGUUGCAGCUGGUUCUCAGGAACGCCUGUUGAUUUUAUACAUUAACAGACAUAUAAAUAAAUUAUUUAUAUUUAA